AAACAAAUUUCCGGUCUCUAUAUAUAAUCGGCGACGCCAUUGCUUGGCUUCCUGGCUAGCUACUAAAAUCCAAUUACACAAUCAGAAAGCUCAUUUUACCUCCUCCUUCUUUCUUCUCGUACCCUCUCUCUGUUUCUCCCUGCUCCGUCUUUGUUCGCGCUCAGAAAACGAGCAAAGGAACAACAACAAGCAAGCAGCAGCAGCAGAGCAAUACCGCCAGAAAUGUCCUCCAGCGACGGAGAGCUUGUUGAAGAAGUCAUUACCAACGAUGGGGAUUCGGGUGCCAGCGAUUUGAAGCAGCGGUUGAGGGAUCGAACCAAGACGGUGGUUCAAACCAAGGAGAUUCUGUCCAAGCAGGCUACCCAAACCAAGGCGAAGAUCGCUAAACAGGCGGUGAAGAUCGCUAAACAAGCAGAGGAGCAUGAAAGGUUCAUCAAUAAGGUGACCCAUUUUCUUGGAGUGUUUGGGUUUGGAGGGUUUUGCUAUCUCUUGGGUGCAAGGCCGCAGGAUAUUCCAUACGUCUAUUGUUUGUUCUAUGUGAUAUUCGUCCCUCUUCGGUGGAUAUACUACCGCUACAAGAAAUGGCACUAUUAUCUUCUGGAUUUCUGCUACUAUGCAAACACUAUCUUCUUGGUCAACCUCCUUCUGUACCCAAAGAAUGAGAAGUUUUUCAUGGUUUGCUUUUCAUUUGCGGAAGGGCCGUUGGCAUGGGCAUUGAUUGUUUGGCGAUGUAGUUUGGUUUUCAACUCUGUGGACAAACUUGUUAGUGUCCUGAUACAUCUUUUACCAGGGGUGGUUUUCUUUACCAUUCGGUGGUGGAAUCCAGCAACCUUCGAAGCCAUGCAUCCAGAAGGAACUGCAGCCAGAGUGUCGUGGCCAUAUGUGGUACAAGACAAAACAUUCCUGCUCAAUUGGUUGUUUUGGGUGCCUCUAGCUGCCUACACACUGUGGCAGACACUCUAUUUCCUCAUCGUCAACGUCCUUCGCCGUCAGCGAUUGUUGAGAGACCCAGAAGUCAUGACUUCCUACAGGGAGCUGUCAAAGAAGGCACAGAAAGCAAACAAUGUAUGGUGGCGCCUUAGUGGUGUACUCGGGGAUCAGAACCGGAUGCUCAUGUACAUUUUGUUGCAAGGAUUAUUCACGGUGGCGACCAUGGCCCUCACAGUGCCCAUCUUUCUGUCCUAUCGACUGCACGUGGUGUUCCAAAUUCUGAAAGUCUCUGCUGCCGUGUGGAAUGGUGGGAGCUUCCUCCUGGAAGUAAUGCCUAGGCAGGUGAUUCUCAAGGAGAACAAGAAGAAAUUGGAGACCAAACCAGUAUCAGCUGGCGAACACGAUGAAGUAGGUUCAGGCCACCUGGCGGAAGCGACAAUGAAGAUGAGCAAUUCUGCCGAGGCAUUGCAGCCCCAGCAGGAAUAAAAUUCAGAUCUUUAUUUUUGCUGUUGUAUGUCACUUUGUACUCUUUGCCUUGGGGCGCUCGACGCACUCACUCUCUCCACCUUUUCCUCUUCUCAGUCGAAUAAUUCGUUGGCUCUUGAUGACUUGUUUCAGGUAGGAUCUCUCGGUUCAGUUCAGGUGCAUGAGAGUUUCAGGUUGCAGUUUGCUGUAUAUAGUAAAAGAAACUCCACUGGGUUGUUCUUCUAAAAAAAAAAAAAAAUGAACCAAGCUAAUCAAGAACAUGAAAAUUUGAUUACAAAACCACCUCCUCAUUGCUGCCUGGAAUGAGGAGACUGAUGAUGAGGCCACCCAGAACGCCCCACUGCGACGUAUAACCACUCUCAACUCAACUCAUUGUUGACGAUGAUGGGUGAUUAAUCCGCCUUUUUCUCAGCAAACAGCCCUUCUCCUUGUUUACUUAACAAGGGAAAGGCCAAAAAGAAUGAAUCA